UGCGUGUGCUGUCAACGGGCAACGUUCAAAAUGAACGUUGCGGAUGAAUGUUAGUCUCAGUUUACAUCUCGAAGCGAUUGCACGCGGGAAUUUCGUGCGUUUACGUACACAAAACACACAUUCCGGUGGCCGACCUAGCUUUUAUUCAUCAACUCGUGCUCGACCGUGUGUGUUGUGUGGCGCCGCUGUAUUGUUAGCAGCAGCAGUAGCACAAUAUAUGCACACCCCGUUCUAGCGAGCUCUAAUAUAGCAGGCAAUAGCUGCUUACCGAGUGCGUCGGGGCCGCCGUCGUUUGUGUUGCGUGCCGUGUGAUCGUGUGAAAAUUCGGAAAAGUGAAAAUAAUCGGGGGUUUUUGGGGAAAAUCGGCAAAAAAAAAAGAAAACAACCGCAAAGGUGCAAAGUGAGUGUGAGGGCAAACCACACAAGCAAAGAUAUUGGUUACAGCUCGGGCCCAUCGCUUCUCCAACAACCCGUGCAUUGCAAGCGUGCGCGAUUGUGUGAACUUGUGUGAUGCGAAUUGUUCCGGUGCGUGCGUGAAUCGACAUCCACACUGCCAUCAGCCCCGGUGGUGGUCCACAGCAGCAGCCCUGCAUGCCUGAGAUCUUCAAACCAGGGGGUCGUGUGGUGUCGGCGAAUGUUUACGGAUGCUGUUGUUGUUGUUGUUGUGGUUGGUUGGCGCGAUCUGCACAACCCGCUUGAGCGGCAACGACCACUGGUAGAGCCGUAGUAGAGGGCGGUUUUGUUGUUAGCCACCAAUGAUUGCCCGGCAUACUGGGGACACCCAACCGCGGGGACAGCAGUCAGCCAGAGACCCUAUCCGGUAGGCAGUGGCGCAUCGAAUGAUAACUCCGACCUGGACACACAGGACGAUUGCGAAGGCCAGAAAGGCUUUGGUUCACAGAAGACCCCAAUAGCAACGGUGUGCGAUAUGGUAUGAGCUGUACUCUUGCCAACGUUACAGCGACUGCAUCCUUUUCCAUAUGCGAGAAGAACAGCAAAAGGGCAGCCAAGGUCCAAUAGUCAUCUGAGCUAGUGAAACCGAAACAGGCUGGGUAGUGAAUCCGAAGCCGUUUUGUGUGAAUUAAAGUGUUGUUGUGUGAUUUUGCCCUUCAUUUUCUACCGGAAAGCUCUUUACGGCGGGAGCAAGUGAAAAUAUUAUUAAACCACAAGAAGAUAAAAAAGCGAAAAAAUAGCAACAAAAAAAGUCAAGCGAAUGGUGAACGAGCGAGCGAGCGAACGUGCGAACGAGCGUCCCGCUGGUAGUAGACAUGCGUACUUGGAUGGUGUAGUAGUAGCAGUGUGCGUGUGGUGUGUGUGCUGAGAUCGCCGUGUAGUGUCGAAAGCCAUCGGGCCAGGUAGUAGCCAUCGCUGCUGCUGCUGCUGCAACCAACAGCAACGCCAUCGCGCUCAGCUGUCAAAAAAGCUGUUUUUUUGUUUGUUUGUUGGUAGUUGACCACAGAGGCGGGCGUUUGUGUUUGUGUUGUGCGCGUUCCUGUUUUCCUCCUGUUUUUUUGUUCCGUUACCUUUUCCUUUGGGUUGUUAACUGCGUCUUGUGUGCGUGUGUGUGCGUUAGUAGGCCGGAACUUGCGGGAUAGCGCGUGUGUGUAGUGGUCGAUAGAGGUACCCGCGCCCGCGUUUAAUGUGUUGAGGGAUUGCGGAAACUGGUCACCCGCCCCCCGAAAAAACCAAUCAACGGAGCUCUCCGGCUUUGCACCGGGACGCGAGAUUCGUCCUCGUGGAGGGAUUCGGUGGAGCGGCAGAGGGCGGCGGAGGCGGAGGCGUCGGCGGGCGGACAGUGUUGGGCAGCGGGUCCCGUAACGCAGAAACCAUCGAUCACCAAAGGAUAAACGGUGGCGGCGGCGGCGUCGGCGGUGCCGGAAGCCUCGGCAUUGAUGUUGGCUGGAAUCCGUUCGCGUGGAAGAUAGGAAAAGUUAGCCCCAAUUUGGAGCCGUACCCCGCCAGCGUGGAAGGGCUGAACAGCCCGCGGGCGGUGGGGAUGGCCGCCACCGCGUACAUCUCGCCCGGCGCCGAGCUGGACAUGGCGCUCGGCGGUGGCGGCGGUGGCGGUAAUGGCGGUGGCGGCGGCGGUUACCAUCACACGUCCUCGCCGCGCAGUGCGGCGGACGCGAACGAGAUGAAGUACAUGCACCAUCACCACCACCACCAUCAUCAUCAGUCGGCGGCGGCGGCGGCAGCGGUGGCGGCGGCCGCCACCCAUCACCAUCCCGGCGGGCUGACCGUGCCCUCGAGCCCGUCACCGAACCCGGCCGGGCUCGGGUCGGUGACGGGCGGGCUCGGGGCGACACCGUGGGCCGCGCUGCAGCCGAGCGACCCGUGGGCGCUCCAUGCGGCCGUCGCCCACUCCCACCCUGCCCAUACGCACCCGCACGCCCAUCCGCAUCCGGCGGACGUGAAGCAGGAGAUGCACCUGAGCCAGCAAGCCCGCCAACAAGCCGGCCCGGGCGGUGGUGGAGGAGGCGGCGGCGGCGGAGGAGGAGGU